GAGUCCCCACGUCACGCUGGAAGAUGGCGGCCGGGCGGCUGUGAGAUGAGGAGCUCGGGGCUGCGCUGACAGAGCCACUCACAUGCAGUAAGGUAAUGGAGCAGGAACCGUGGCCUCUCGGGCGGAGGAGGCGGGGGUAGUAAGCGUGCUAGGGGGCACUGGCAGUCGGCAUGUGCAGUUUAAUGUUUAGGGGGUACAUAGUAAAGAGGAGGGGGGCACACUCUGGAGGUGGGGGGGAUAUGGUGUGCGCUGAGCAUUCAAGGUGAGCAUGUUCCACUAAAUCAUUUCCAAGCCAUGGGGGUACCAUGGGGUGUAUGGGUGAUUUUUGGAGUGUGUGUGUCGGGGGGGGGGUGCGCUUUAAUAGUGCCCGCACUGGGUGCAGCUGUGUGUAUGGACUGCAAUGCAUGUACUGGGAGAGGGGCUGCCAGGGGCCAACACUAUGUAUUAACAGGAGGUGGGGGCUUUGUCCACGUUGGGGAGAUCCGUACUUGUAUGCAUGUAUGUGCCCCUUAAAGGUUUGUGUCAACACGGGGUGCUUGUGGUAUGGCUGGGCAAGCACAUAAAGGGUUGGUAUGGUUAAACCUUGGGUUAUAAGCAGGGGGGAGGGUAAGUGGUAUAUUGUGUGGAUACUAUAGAAGGUGUGCAUGGUGGGUGUGGAGAAGGGAGCAGAUGAUAUCCUAAUCAGUUUCUGCUGCCAGUUAAGACCCCACUUGUGUUUGUGAAAAAACUGAUAGCGUUCAAUGUUAUGGGGUUGUUUUACCCCAGCAAGGGGAUAUAUAAAUAAUUUAAUAUCCCCAAAAAUAUAUAUUUUUAAUAUAUAUAUAUAUAUAUAUAUAUAAUUAUUUUAACUGCUGAUUUGAGUGUUGUUCUUGGGUGAAUGUAGAUUUAUUUUGUAAUACGGUACCUAUUCUAUACAAUCACCUCGUGUUUUUAAUAUAAUUUAUUACUAUUCUGACGCUGUAAGAGGUGUCAUGACUUGUUAUGCUUCUGUACUUUGCCUGUAUGAUAGCAUCAGCUUUGUGUUGAAUGUGUGAGUAUUCAGUAACACCAUUAGUCUAACACUGGUAAAUUCAAUGUGUGCAUGUAUUAACCCCCUUUCGAAAGUAAUGACAAAUGCUCGAGUAAGUUUAAGGCAUUUAACUCUUCCUUGCUGGCAAGACACUUCUAAAGAUGACUUUUUUUUUCCUAUACCUCCUUUAUAAAAAUAAAAAAAAAAAUGAAAAAAAAUUUAUUUAUUUUUUGGUCACCUGCUACCAUAAGAUUGUGCGUGGCAUCUUAAUUAUAUAGUUUUAUUGGGUUUUCAUGUGACUCUAAUGCUUUCGACAUGAUAUUAUGUUACAAGCUCCAGUCUCUUUCAUACCUUGGAAUGGGUGUGAGAUAUAUAUAUAUAUAUAUAAAUUUUUUUUUUUUUUUUUAUUGCUACGUAGGCAAUCUUCAUGCCUCUCACGCAUGUGUUGUAUGGAUAGAGACCUGCUCCACUAUGGAAUUAAAAUGAAUAAGCUCUGCAUGUUUUGUUGCCAGAGCGAGAGUUGAUUUCCGUUCUGAACUUUACUAGAUGUUUGUUGGAUUAAGCCACACAAUUUAAUCCUUACACAACUGUUACUUUCUAGGUUUUUGUUUUUGUUUACGAAAUAGUUACUAGAAUGUUGGUAUUCUGUUCAACGUUUUUAGGAAAUCCACUCAAAGGGAGGCAUAUAGCAUUGUCUUCCGUCUUGGCUGUUCUAUGAUUUGUGCAAAUAUUGAUAGGGCAUCAGGUUUUAUGUGCCAAUCUAUUAUGAAUGACAGAAUAUUUCAAUCAGAUUGCAGUUUGACAGACGUGAAGUCUUCUUUGCUCUUUUAAGAAGUGCUACAAGUCCCAGUUUAUUAUUUUGCCCACCCUUCCUUUCAAUAAUUGCAAAUUAAACCAUGUACUGAGGAUUGCGACAUAGCAAACCAGCAUUCAAACUGGAUCUUUGGGGAGAUUUAAGAACAGGUAUGGCAACAGUGAGACCUUUUUAUCUAUCUGUGAUUUUAAAAAAUAAUUUUAAAAGUGUGUUUUUUUUUUUUUGUUUUUUUUUUUUCAUAUCCUUAUGGCUUGAUAUUAUCAAAUUAUACUACUCAACCCCCAAUUGCCACUUGAUUUUAUUUAGAUGUAAUAUUCUUGGAUGGAUACUUCCAUUUUGUUUUUCUCUGUCCACGAUGUCUGCAGUUUGCCCUUCUGUGGGGUUCUGUUGACUGAUGGAUUGUGGGUAAAUUACCUUGGCAAUUGAAAUGGAGCUUUGCUUAGGCUCCGCCCAUUGACAAUGAUCACGCUCUCAAUAAGAAAAAGUAGCCUUUACUUAUCAAUAACUAACAACUAGGAUGAAUUUGAAAAACAAACAAACAAAAAACGCAAAGGAAGUAGAGGAACGUAAAGAAAGAUUAAUUUAUAAACAUAACCUACAACUGCCACUUUCAUGAAUACAUAUGGGGUCAAAAUACUAUAUUUUUACAUGUUCAUCUUGCAGAAAUAUAUUCGAUAAGAAUGUAUAGCUUACCCCUUUAACUACGUUUCUGCUGUGAAUUAGAUGGUAGCAUAGCCUUAACUGGGAAACCCCUGUUUUUAUAAACAGACUAUUCUUUGGAAGUAAAGUAGCCUAUCACUAUAAAAGGUCUGCAUUAAAUUUAGUGUUUUACACUUACUAGUUGCAAUUCAUAGACCUCUUCAUAUUCUACUAAGUAGGGGUUUGUGAAGCAUGCUUUGCACAUUUUUUUUUUUUUUCUACAAUUACCAAAAUUCCUAGCCAGCAAAAAAAUUAAACCGGAGUUAUAAUAGGCUAUCUGAAGAGCCAUGGUUUGGCACCACAGGAAUAGAGCAAUUGCCUUGCAUUCGGCUGCUCAGAUGAUCUGCAUUCUUUUUCAGGUGAAAAUACCUGGGAGUGAGAGCUUUGGCUAAACCUUUGAUGGAUAUAUAUAGAUUUGGUUGUGAGUGGCUUAGCAUGCAUCUGGAAUGUAACAUGCAAGGAAACGUACUCAUUGCUCCAUGCCCCUGGCUCUGCUGGAAGGUAGAAACCUGGUUGAAAUUACAGUUUAUGACACUUGGCAUUUUUCUUCUAUUUUCAAAAAAACAAGACUUUAGCUUUCAUAUUUGCAUACUGCCAGCAAGGAAUUUCCAUUCCUGAGCAAACAGGGCCCUGUAAAAAAAAAACAGGGCAUUUUAAAAACUUGAGAGGUUUGCCAAUUAGCUUGGUAGAUAGACCUCCGUCAGAACAGUUUGCUGAGCAAGUAGUUUUCUGUUUUUGGCUAAUUGAGAACGAGAUACUAGACCAUGCUAGAGUAAAAAUGACCAUGUCUUUAUAGCUUCUGGAUAGUAUUUUAUGGUCCACAACUUGUUACAUCAUAUUAUUUAUUUCCUAUCUCUUCAACAGAAUGUAAUGCAUAUAUCAUCUCAAAACCUAAUUUGUAGAAUUCACUGGCCUGCCAGGUAUAAAAGUACAUCUAAUCAGAACUCAGAAACUACUGUUGCGAUAGUAUACUUAAUGUAUUCUGUUGCAGUAAUAUACACUUGUAAUUGGGAGUUCUUUUUAUUUCUCAAUGGCAACUACUUUUAUUUUUUCUUCUUCAUUAAGAGGUAUCUUUGGCAGUGUGUGUGAAUUUUUUUUUUUUUCCUGACUCACUCUACAUUGUUUAUCUUGUUAUGCAAAGUGUUGCAGGGCAGAGUGUUGGGGAAAGACCUCUUGGAUGGCACAUUUCCUGAUGCCUCUCAAUACAAAGGAGACUAGAAAAAGGAGAUAAAUUGCAGCCCUGCAAGGGGCCAGCUUUUCACUAGCAAUCUGAUCCUGAUGUCUUCAGGGCUAUUAUUUACAGGGGAUGGCUGACAGUUCCAAGUUUAAUUAUUUAAAUCAGUUUGACCCCAGUGGGUCAGCACAAACUGCCCCUUUAUUAUUCAGAGGUAGGUCCCUUGCUGUAUCAGAUAUGCAGUUGCAAUGAUUUAUUAGCCCUCCCCUUUGCUUUGUAAGGCAGGCUUUCCAGUUGAUAUUAGUUUUAAAAGCCUUUCUAGUGUUGAGGCUAAGGAUUAAUCCCUUUGCUAUUGUGACAGUUCUUUCUUGGAGAGAAACUGGAAUUAUGAGUUCUGGUUGUCUCUAGUAACAAUCUGUAUAUUUGUUGUAUCAUUCUUGUGGCUUUUAGUAACAGAUGUCAUUGAUCCUAUAGAUGACUGUUUCUCAACAUAGAAUGCAUUAAACCAUAUUGAGUUUCUCUUCUAAUUGGCGUCCUUUUAAGCUAUGGUGCUUAGUCACUAAACUAUGAGUUAACAGAAAUGCAAAUUUGAGUCUAAAAUGGCCUAAUUGGAAAUUGUCCCAAUAUAACUAUAUAUUUUUUAGCUUAACUUUAUUUAUUUUAUUUAUUUUGGCAUAAAAUUUACAGUUUCUUUUGUCAAUUUUCCAUGAUUCCAAAUUUAUUGUACAGAGCUGUGUAAUCUGUUGGAACUGUAUAAAUAAUUGUCAUUUUGUGUAUAUUUGCAUAUAUGUGUGCGCGUUUGUCUUGUUUCCCAGUGCUGAUUUAUUUAUUUAUGGAUAUGUAAUUUUCUAUAUUGCACUGUAGUCUUGUUUUCUGCAUAAUGGGUUAAUAGCGAUCGCAUGCAAUUCCUGAAAAGUCUCUGUUCAGUAAUAACUCCAAGCACAAUGAAGUGAGGGUUUGAUCCAUCGCCAAGAUAAAUGCAGACACAGCACAGAUAAAAAGGUCUCACGGUUGCCCUACCUGUUCUGCAAUAAGUGUGAGGUGUGACUGCUGCUGGAACCGGUCCCAGCUAAACCACCAGCCUGGGUUAGUGCUCACGGCGUUUUGAGGGAUUCCUAGCUAUUCUAAACAAUGAGUCAAUUCGCUCAGUGUCACAAACUCCCUGAAAAGACUGGCUGCUGUGUUUUCUAUGCAUAAUACUGUCCUGUACUAAUGUCCCUGGCCAUAAUUAGAACCCAUUGUACAACGCUGCGGAAUUUGUUGGCGCUUUAUAAAUAAUAAUAAUUGGACAUGUAUGCAUUAGCACUAUGAAAAUAAUGGUAAACAAGUGCCAAACACCCUCGUUAUUGUAUGAUCUGAAUGCAGAGGAACGAAAUGGUUAACACUUGGUAUAACUCUCUGCAACAUUCCUUUUAUUUUUUUUAUUUUAACAUUGUGGUGGAUAAAAAUCUGUCUUUCUCUAAUUCCGUGAUAUGUGAUAUUGCUUUGCAUUGACAGAUACUGGGUUUGAACAUGCAGAACUAGAUAAUGUUUCUGCCUAUCCCUCUACAAGUAAUGCUAACCUGGCGAGAAUAGUGACUCAUAAUCCUCCUCUGUUGAUCCUUUGUAUGAUGCUGAACAUCAGAGUUCUUUAUAUGUGUGUAUUUACAUGUAUAUAAUUAUCUGUUUAUCAUCUCUAGUCGGUAUGUUUUCAUGUAGCAUCAUUUGGGAUCAUGUUAUAAAGAAUGGGUAACUUGUUUUUUAUUAUGUGGAAUAUUUAUGCUGUAACUGAAAUAAGAGUUGACCGAUUGAUUUUUACAAUUCUUUUGGUCAUGCCUUGUUUGCAAACAGUUCCAGCAUUUCUGGUUUACUUGUUGGUUUUGUUUGGAAUAUUGGCGUUGCCUACAACCCGCAGCCGAGUUUUGUUACAGUGACUGCUCCGACCUUUGGGGUAAUUCUUGGGUUGCCAGUAGGCUUUCUGUUGCCCCAUCCAAGACAUGACCUGGUUUUGUGCAUUUUUAAAAUGUUGAAUAACAGAAGAGUGGAAGAUGGCAUAGGUCCACUUGAGGGAUUUUGUUUGGUGUGUGUAAUGGUAAUAUUGAGUAAUAUUUCCAUGUUGGAUGGAUGCACAAAAAAAAUCACCUUGACUUGCACCAGCUUAUUUUGAAUGGAAUAGAACAGUCAUCUAAAUGGUAGAACCACUAUAUAAACACACAGUAAAUUAGAGAUUACCGUGAGAUAAUCCACAUUGUCCUGUUUGAAAUGUUGUAGGACAUUGCACCACUUUUAGUGCUUUUCAACACUUUGUAACACGUAAAUCUCUCCCCCACGGUCCAGUUAUAGCUUUCGCUUUUUAUUAUAUAUAGAUAGAGAGAUAGAGAGAGAUAUAUAUAUAUAUAUAUAUAUAUAUAUAGAUAUAGAUAUAGAUAUUAUAGUGUGUGUUACAUAGCUGAAAAGAGACCUGCGUCCAUCAAGUUCAACCUUCCUCAUACAUGUUUUUGCUGUUGAUCCAAAAAAACCUAGUCUGAGGCGCUUCCAAUUUUGCAACAAACUAGGAAAAAAUUCCUUCUUGACCCCAAAAUAGCAGUCAGAUGUCUCAUUGGAUCAAGCAGCUAUUACCCCACUAAUUAGAAAUUCUAUCUCGGUAUGUUAUGUUUAUCCAAUUGCAGUUCAAACAUCUGUAUGGACUCUGAUAAAACCACCUCUUCGGGGAGAGAAUUCCAUAUCCUUAUUGCUCUUACUGUAAAAAAAAACAAAACACCUUUUCUUUGCCUUAGAUGAAAUCUCCUUUCUUCCAGCCUAAAUGUGUGACCUCAUGUCCUAUGUAUUGCCCUGUUUAUGAAUAGAUUUCCAGAUAAUGGUUUGUACUGCCCCGAAUAUAUUUGUAUAGUGUUAUCAUAUCCCCUCUGAGGUGCUGUUUUUCCAAACUAAAGAGAUUUUAAUUUUUUAACCUUCCUUCGUAACUAUAUUAUUUUUUUUUUUUUUAACGGAGCAUGGGCCCAAAUUUGGUUCCUUCACUAUUCCUCUGGGUCCCAAUGGUGUGAAUAAACACAACAUAUUCAUUAGACUCCAGUUUUAUGCCCAUGUUAUUCUUGUUACUGUAUCAACAAUGCCUUCCCCAACUCACUGAAGUCCCCUGUACAUUAUAAAAUGUCUAAGGAUGGAGUUUUGCAUAAAAUUAGUAAACCUGUAACGUAUUCCCCAGGCAAUUGUAUCUUGUUAUUCCAAAAAUAAUUCUGAUCUUUGAAUAUGACAAAUGUACUCAUUGCAUUUUCAGAUCUUCUAUAUCCCUACAUCGUUCCCAACAAGUUAGCUCUAUAAUUAUUAAAGUGUAUUCUUAAAAUAUAUUAUGAUUGCACUAUAAAUUAUUUCCAUUAUUUUUAGGAAAGGAGGGUAAAAAUACACAUUUUUGGACUGCCAGGAAGGGAAGAAUCUGAGGACUGCAAUAUCUUUUAUUUUUUAGUCAAGAUUUGCAUUAGGCUGUCUGGAACUGCUCCAAACUGCCUAAGUUGCCUGUGCUGGGUGUGCAACUACACUCCAGUGCAAAAGGACUGAUUUCUAUGUAUAGGCAGCAUUUCAAGCUGAGACACUGCACAUACAGAUUGCUAGCUCUGUGACCACUUCUAAAAGCAGAAGUGGUCAUGGAGAUUGGAGUAACUAACAUUUUAAGAUUAAUGGAACCUGGGCUUUAUAGUGUGGUGGAAAGUACAGAGGGAAUGUUAAAUAUUGGAUGCUUAGCCAGCACAUCAAAUAAGAAUUUUUUUUUUGUUUUGUUUGUGUGUUUUAAAGAUCCUUUAACAUAUAUCUGUUCAUCCUAUGCAUUAUUAUUAGAGGAAUAUGAACUAUUGAAUUGUGUCCCUUGGCUUAUAAUACAUUUGACAGUCUUUAAAUAAUGUGUGUUGAAAAUAAAUGAAUAAUAAUUAUAUAUAUAUAUAUAUAUAUAUAUUUUAUUUUUUUAUUUUUUUUUUACUCUACUAUAAAAUGUACAAUAACUUUGGCCGUCCAUGUUCUUGUAUAAUGUGGGGGAGCAAAAAUUCAUCAUGUACACAGGCUUGCUGUGUUUAUGCACUUUUCAUAAAACAAGAAUAGCAUCUUUUGGGUCUGUAUGGAAGUGCGUUUGUUUGGGGGCGUGUUUUUAAGGAAAAAAAGUGUUGGAACGAAAUUGGAUAGUACUUUAUAUGCUGUGAAGAGUAGACCGUGGUACCAAAAAGAGGCAGCCAAAGGACAUUACAAAAAUAGAUUGUUUAUGGAACUUAGGAGCAAGUAAAAUUCUUUACUCAUCUAACAAAUGUCAAAUAAAAAAAAUUGCUUACCUGUGGUCAUAGUUUUUAUUCAGAAUUUUUCUGAGGUUGAGUAUAUUGAACAUAUAGGUUGUUUAAUUGCAGUAAAAUACCACAAUGUGGACUCUUCUAAAUCUGAAGAUGUCUCAUUUGGGGAAGUUUUAAACAAUUUCAGAUAUUUACAGUUACAUUACCCAUGAUAGUGGUGCUGAAGUUAGAUCAAAAUUUUUAUUUUGUUUUCUGUGUUUUCAUUUUGAUUUUAUGAUUCCAGAUUUGCUAUUGGAGCUCUCGUGUAGAAAAGCAGGGCAGGGGAUCUGUAUUAAGUGUUCUGGUCCUGGGGUAGUAGCUAAACCAGUUUUAUCUGGCUCUGCGCACUGCAGGGUUUUUAAGACAUGCCAUGCCCUUAAGUCCUCGAGGGAGUCUUCUUAUUGACGUGCCUGGCACAUUCUUGUUAGUAAAGAUUUGUGUGUGUGUGUGUGUGUGUGUAUUCAAGUCUAUCUUAGCUGUGCAUUUUUCACAGGAUGGUUUGUGCCAUUGACACUUUUGACCAAAACGGAGGGUUCUUUAGGCACUCAUGACGUUGCUCUGGCUAUGUAUACUGCUGAAACCUAGAUUCCACUUCUAUAUAGCCAAUACAAAUUUUGUAUGUUUGGAUGGCAUUCUGUGUCUGAAAUGAACUACAAUGGCAUAUAGCAGCUAUACUGCUUAGCCUGCCCCAUUUAAUUUAGACUUUAAAUAAUUCCGCACUAGUGCAUGCUUUAGUUGGAGGUGACUUGGGUAUCCAUAGAACAUAUGGAUCACAACGUCCCAUUAGAUCCGUGUAUACAUUCCAUACUAUAUAUUAUGCUGUCCAAAUCAUUGGGACAAUUUAAAAAUGAAGAUGUAGUUAUCUGAACUUCAAGAUGCACUCCGUUUGGACCAGUGUGUCUGCAAGACAUCUUAAAAUGUCUACACCCUCUGUUUUUUUUUUUUUCUUUUAUAAUUGUGAUUCCACGAGUAUACCUUUUAGAUACUUAAUAUUGUCUAAAUGCAGUGUUGGAAAGUCAAGCAAUCCAAUCCUUUUUUUUGUUGCCAUGCCAAUCAAUUCACAUGUAACUUGAAUCUUGAUAAUAUCCAUUAUAAGAAUGUUAAACUUUACAAGUAGAUCCACCAGAAUAAGUGGGUUGUAGCAGGUCUGUUACUGUAAUUUUUCUGCAGAAGAGUGCAGCUCCAUUCAUCUAGAAACAUUGCACUUUUAGAUUACUAAACCCCACUUAUAUUUACUUUUUUUAAAAAUUAUUAUUUUUUUAAUUAUAUAUUUUUGUUUGGUUAGUCUCACAUUACCAUAUGCUAACUAAGCCAAGAAAAAAGCUCAUAUGCGGUUCUAAAACCUGUUGUCUCUAAACAUGUUGAUUCAUUCAAGGGUGUAUGUAUGUAUGUAUAUAUAUAUAUAUAUAUAUAUAUAUAUAUAUAUAUAUAUAUAUAUAUAUGUAUGUGUGUGUGUGUGUAUAUGUGUAUAUAUAUAUAUAAUUUUUUUUUUUUUUUUUUACUUUAAGCAAUUAAUGCCUAUGUGUGUGUAUAUACAUGGAGGUACAUUUGUCAAUUGCAUGUUUGUACUUUGUAUAAUAACCUGCUUGCUUGUUAAGCAGCUUUUCCUUGCCCUGCUAGUGGCUCUUGUCCUGGGUAUUCUGAGGGUGCACUGUUAAUAAUAUAUAAGCCAGUUUAUCCCAAGCCCAGUCACUCCUACUCCACUGCACAUAAAGAGCUGCUCCAUAUCUCAUUGAAAGCUUCUUCAUUACUUAGGGGCUUUUUAUACCCCUUGUUUCUUCCAAUAAAGCAUCAGGCAACGGAAACACUUUGUGCUAAGUGUCCAGCAUCCUUUAAAGCUCCCUUGAAGGCCCCCAUGGGGCCUGGGUUAUGGAUGUGUUCCGGUGUGGAAGAACCAAAAGGUUGGCCAAUUGCUUUCUAAAUGGACUUCCAAAUUGUGCUUGUAUCCUAGUGUUUUACCACCUAAAUAUGUAAUUUUAUACCACCAAAUAUCAUGGGAAGGAAGGUGUGGUGUGAACCUGCACUAGUAAAUAAUGACCCAUAUCAUUUUGAAGUAUUCUUGAUUUGAAUGUCUGGAGCGUGCCACGUGACGGUUUCUGAAUUUAUCCAAAUAUCCACUGUCUUACUCCCAACAAAUUCACCUAAAACAGCUCAUGUCUACAAAAUAAGUCCUGCGAAACAACCUUUAAAACUACAUGCUUGUUAUGCCCAACGUAUCUUUGAAUACAUUUACUUGAAGGUGGCAAACUUCUUUAGCCUGCUGCAGGUUAGAUUAAUGGAACUCUGUAGCGUCUGCAAUAAGUAAACAUGUAUUCCUAACUCUAUCGUGUUCUUAUUUAAUCUAUAAAUUUAUCAAUCUGGCCUGGUUGUCGCUAACUAGGGAUGGAUGUACUUUACGUCUACUCGCCAAGAUGUUGGUCUGCAUACAGUUUGUACAAGUGUUGGUCUUUAACAAUUACAUUUGCCUUAAGUUUACUUAUGCUUUGUGUCCCUGCUCAACUAUCUGUGUUUGGAGGAGAGCAAUCUUAUUGUUGCAGUUUUUGAAAUACUCUCUGCAUACUGUCAUCAUUACAAUAUGCUGUUUUCAGAUACCAAUAAGCACACUUAACCCUCGCCAUUGCUGAAUUUCCACGCUAAAGUGGCUAGUGGUAACUUUGAGCCAUGAUUGUGAGAGAGAUAUGUGGCAUUGAUAUCUUGUGAAUUUUCAUUACACUGUUAUGUAUUCAAAUAGUAUUGGUGUUGAGUCUUUUGCAUCCCUUGCUAUAUGGUAUCUGUCAGAUAUAUGUACCCUUCUUUUACAAAUGCCUAUACUACAAUCUAGGCUUGGUAUAUAAUCGAUUUUCAAACGCAUGAGGUGGUAUAUUUUGUACUUUUGCAUUCAUAUAAGCUUUGGGUUUGCUGGUUUCCUAUUGUUAGAUUUUUCAUUAAAAGAACUUUUUUUUUUUUUUUUUUUUAAACCACCUUUUUAAAAUAGAAAUUCACUAUAAAACCUUUUUGCCCAGUGUGAAUUCAGUCUCCUCGUAACAGCUGCUCUGCCUGCAGCGAUGUCAUCAGUAAUGAUGACUUUUGUCCAAUCUAGUGCUCUUUUAGAGAAUCAUUGGGGACAUAGUUACUACAUGCAUAAAAAUUAUUGCACUCUGCCAGAGAGUUUGGUGUGAUAAUAAACGUUUGAUUUCUGAAGAUUGUUUCAGAAGGACCUUCUACGCCUCUUGUGUCUCUCAUUGUUAUUAUGUAUACCCGUUACAUAUUCUUACAGGGUUACUCCAACCAUCCUGCUGUAGUGAUUUUGAUGGUUGAAGUACCCUGGCACCCCUCUUACUUCCAUCUUCACCAGAAGCCUGGUCUCUAGUCCAGCAGACUUGCAACAACCGGCUUCUGCAGAUUUGCAGAAGCAGGUUGGCGACCCUGCCGCUCUUUCAUUGGCUGAGAGCACAGAAUUAACAUUAGCCAGCCUGGAAUUCUUGUUCUGGGCUGGCUGACACCCAGAUGCUGCUGCCAGGGGUGGAAUUAUGCAUAUACAGACUCCAGACGACAUGACCACUUCAAAUCACUGAAAAAGGGGACAAUGCACCAAAUCAACUUCACGAAGAUGAACUGGUUUUGGUCUGUCUUUUUAUGCUGGAAAGUUUGGACUGGGAAUGUAGAAGUCUGGAUACGCAUUUAAAAACGUAAACAAACCCUUAAAAUAAAAGUGAGCUACAUUUUUAAUGGAACCGGCAAGAUUAACGUUAACCUAAUUUUGUUUUCUAUAUUCUAGAAGGUACAAGGGGGGGGGAGGGGGAGUAACAGCACGGAACGAGGACAAUCUUGUGAUAUACCUCACCCAGCAGCUCCAACCUCCUUUUUUGUGUUUGUGUGUGUGUGUGUGUGUGUUGUCCAUUCAAAGCUGUUCUUAGCAGUGUACACUACACUAUCUGUACAGAGAUGGCUGCCCUGCAUCCAUGUGACUGCUACAUGUAGGUCAGUCUUGUAAAGCAUGAAUCAGCCUGUGUAGAGGAAAUGCACUCAAAGCAUUCCAAACUGCAGGGCCCUUAAUAGUCAGAGUUGGCUGCAAUCCAAACUCUGUGAAUCAAAGGGAGAAAGAAGCCUCUCUAGGUACAGUAUAGCAUAACACUGAGAACCGAGCCCUAAAACUACAGCUCCAAUUGCCUUCUGCCAGCUCAUGGCUGCAAGGGUCUGAUACUGACUGUUCGUACUUUGGAUGAAGGGUCCGUAGCAUAUUGUUACAAAAUAUAAAUAAAUAUAUUCUUGGUUAUCUUUGCUUACCUGUAAACUUUCUGUUUGUGUGUACAUUUGCUUAUGUUGGCAACGUGUGGCGGAGUAGAAGUUAUAUGGGAAGGAUUAACAUCAUCCUUGUAGACUUUAUGAUGUGUUCUAUAUAUUUGUCAUGGAGCAGGGUUCCAGCUGCUGUGGUAGACCAGGCAGUUGGCAGACAAAAGACUUUUAGAUGCAAUCUGAGAUAAAAUCUGUGAAUAAAUGUGCUAAUUUGUAGUUACGAUUUCUGUGUCAUACCUUGUGUGAAGUGGUUGCCCAGUAUUUAGCGUUUUGGUUUAGAAUGAAUUGCAGAUGCGUGCCCUCUGUUUUAUCUGUCCAGUAAAGGCCAGUGUCAGGGCCCGCAGAUAGUGAGCAGGCAGCUGCUUAUUCGGCACGAGAUCCAUUGUCCAUGUUCUCUGGCUGCGCUCUUGGGUUACAUGGGAAGGUGCCAGCUUACAGAGCGUGAAUGGCAACGAGUGUCAGAAAUUCCUGGAAAAGCAUUUCCUUCGCUCCAGGUCAUUCGCAUGCUGAAAGCAAAACAGGCUUGUGUUGGCAAACUGGCAACGUUCCUGAUGGGAGUGUUUACUUAUCGGCUUCUAGCUAGUUUCUAUUUUUUUUUUUUUUUCUCUCCUUUCUCUCAUUAACUCUUUUAGUCUUUCAGAUGCUUUGAAGCUUCUGAUGGAUGACUUGCAGUUCUGUUUUUAUGACCAAAUGUACCUUAUUGCUAGUGAUUUUAAGAGCUGACAGUAUCGGUGAAUCAAAUUUUUAUUUUAAACUUGAUUGCAUCUCUUUGUUAGUUUGUCAUUGUCUUUUGGAUCAGUAACUCCUUUUGUUAAAGUGUAUAUUUAUUACAAUUCUUUUUGAGACCCAAAUUUUUUUUUUUUUAAAGAACCUUAUUUUACUGCUGUGACUUCUAUUCACUUAUAUUUGGAUGUUGUCAUGGAGGUGACUUAAUAUUAUGGAAGGUGUGCGUUAAAAAGAAAAACUCAUUUGCAUCUCCUUGUGCGAUGUUUGGAGAGACUAGGAAAUGGAGAUCUCUGAGCCAGUCCUAGCCUUCCUAUUAUUUUCAUUAAUUGAAAUGUUAGGUGUACCUCAAAGCCUACACGGUACUAUUUUAAGGGAUUAUAGAGUUCAGCUGUCAGUUGUUUUUGUUUUGUUUUUUGUUUGUUUGUUUGUUUUUUAUUUAUUAAUUUUUUAUUGAAAAUUAAAUGUCAGACUGUCAUUCAGUUAUAGGUGGACUUCUAGAUUACUGCCUUAGAAUCAGGGAACCUAGUAAGUGUCAUUGGGUGAGACACCCAUUUAUAUAUAUUGGCCUACCUACUUAAAAAUCCUCAGAUUGUAAGAUUGUGUCCGCAUGACCAUCUUCACUUCCAAAUAUCCCCUUUCUAUAUAUGUAAAGUGAUGUUGAAUAUGUAGACGUAAUAUAAAUGCUAAUAAUUAAAACACUAUUUUCAUUCAUAAAUAAAGUUAAUCACAGCAACACCUGGUGAUUGUUCUCCUUGUAAAUGCACAAUGCUUUUGUGCAGGCUAUGCUGUUUUGAUCCAAACUAUUUUUAGAAUAAAGGGGGAAGGAAAUUAGGAGGUCUUUGUUACAUAGCAUUUGGAAGAAACAUUGGUUACUGCAUUCCUAACACUAUAGAGCCCUCUGCUCCCCCUCCACAGCAUGUAAAGGGUUAAAAAAAAAUCACAACCCUUUAUUUACUCACUCGAUCUGAUAUCUGCUUUUCUAUGGGGUUUUCACUGACGUGUGACUCAUUAAAUUGUUAAAUAAAAACAAUAAAUCAAGUUAGCACUAACAAUCUAUGCGGUUAACAAAUGUUCCAUGGACCCUCCAGGUUUGCAAUAUGGAGUAACCCUUACGGUCUGGCUAGUAUAGGACAAACUUAGCAUAGUUUUGAGAGAACAUUAUAUGCACCAUUAGUGCUUCAUCUAAUUGAAGUGGUUAUAGUGUCUGCAGUCCCCCUGGCACUGUCCGUUAAUUCAGGAUUAAGCUGUGUUUAAUGUUUAAUGCUAAACAAGAGUCCCCAUCAACCCAUCCUCUGUGCUGCUUAGGCUAAUAAGGACGCAUUAGCCUGAGCUGCAAUAGAUGACUGUGAUUGGCUUAGAGUGUCAGCUGACUGCAUUCAGCUUGUCACAGUCCUCAUUGCAGGUAUGAAUCGGAAUGACUUCCAGGAAGUGUCUGUAUUAGUCACACUUCCAUUGUGGGCAGGGCUUUUUGAAGCUACGGACCCUCAUUCGGUUUUAAACUGCUUUAAAAUGGAGGGACAAUGCUGCGGACUCCAGGCAGUAUAAUCAAAUCAAUGAGACGAAAUGGUUAUGGUGCCUACAAUGUCCACCGAAUCACCCUGGGUUUAGUACCACAGAACUCCUUUUAAAAGCCUUUGAAAAAGAGUCUUAAAGACUAUCCAAAACACUGCUUUGUUUCUUUGUAAUGACAUUUUUACAAAGUGUAAUGUAUUUUUAGUGUACAAUUUGGGUGAAAUAUUGCUUUUAUUUACCUUGUGGCCCAUGCAGCCUCCAAUCCUUAAUCUAUCUAAGGCAACAAUCAAUAAAAAAAAAUUGUACUUCUCUGCUAAUAUCAUUAAUCGUUUCCAAUUUGCCUAUUUAAUAUGUUUUUAUAUUCAAAAAGCAAAUCUCAGACUGCGAGUCUUAUUGUUUGUAUUACCUGCCAUAACAAGGUCUUCAUUUUCCUUUCUUAUGAAAGGGCAUGUUAAACCUUAAUAGUUAGCACUCUUUAUUUUUUGUUUUUCUUCUUAACAUUUUAGUUUAGAAUUGAAUCGUCUCUGGGUUGUUGUUUUUUUGACUGACAAAGGUCACACGACCCUUUGUGAGGGCACAAAUUCAAAAUAGAGACAAGGUUGAAAAGGGAAUUGUCAAUUGAUAUGAAAAGACAUCACUUCUGCACCUAAAGCAAUACAGCUCCUACCAUGUCACACAGCUUUGUGUACAGGAGGAUGCACCUUGGGGUGUGAAAGGCUAAGACACGUGCUGCUGGGACCAAUCCAGUGAUCUCAAGCUUUUUAAUAAUUCAUACCUGCUUAUUGCAGUGAUAUGUUGCUUGGUAGGCUGCUUACUGUUGGCAAUAUAGGGUAAUUAGCUAAUUUCCUGCUUUUACCUUGCAAGGAGAGGAGGCUUAGGAAUCGUGAGUUUUUAAGGUCUUCAACGUACACUAAUCCAGAAAAAUGCUGUAUGAUCUCCAGUGCUCUGUAUUACCCCUAGAAACUAGAUGCACAAAUAAUUUCUUUUCAGCAGUAUGAAUGAAAUGUUUACAGACCCUGCUAUUGUUAUGUAUAGUAGUCCAGGUAUGGCCAUUUGACCAGUGUUUUCUAAUGCCCAAGCCUAAAGGAUACAUUGUAAUGCAUCCAGUAAAUUGGUAAUGACCCUCUGCCUUCUUUUUUCAUGAAUCGCUUGUAACCAAUUCAUAGAUUCAUUUAUUUGGUGGUGGUGGGUGUUUAUCUCUUAAGAGUGGCAUGUUUCAUAAGACCUGUAUGAAGCUUUCACAUUUAAAAUGAUUUUUAUUCCAUGUUGAGCUCAUUUUGUUAGUGCUCUAGUACUGUUUAUUACAAUUGCAGUGUCAACGAAGCCCUGCUUACUUUCAAGGAAUCCGUACAUUUCAGCUGGUCAAUAAGGGCAACAUUUUAGAAAAGUGCUCAGUUCCUUGUAAAAAUAAAAUUAAAAAAAUUAACAUUACAAUUAUUACUUGUAUAGCAUCAACAAACUCACUAGAACUGCAUAUAGUAUGUAAAAGGUAUAAUUAAACAUUUAUGUAUCACAGACUGGCAUGGUGGUUGUGUUUUUUUUUUUUGUUUUAAUUUUAGUUUUUUUUUUUAGUUUUUUGUUAUGCCUAUUUUGGGCUGUGUGCAAGGUACAUCUGUCAGUUUGACCCUAGACAGAAGGACAGUACAAUAAAAUGAGAUGGGGAGGGUAAUAGUUUGGAUUCAUGAUGGCAUUCUCUGGUCUCUGUUUAUGCUUGACAGUACAAAAGGGGUGUACAUUUUUUUUUUUUUUUUCCCCAUACCUUCUGAGUUCUUAAUUUACAUUAGGCUACUAAAGGACAGGAGUGGCAUUCUGCCUUUGUGUGUGUGUUUAUAAUAUGAAGAUACACAACCUUUUAGCUUGUAAGGCUGCCCUUUACACUACUGCAUCACUUUACCCUGCCCCCUCUACCGCUUGUCCCUUUUCUUGGGAUUACCACUUUCAGGCCUUAAUUACAUCCCAGCUGCAAGAGGCCAGAGGCUCCAUUUCUCUCUCCAUUUUGCUCUUGUGUCAAAUUUAAUGGCACAUCAUCUGCUACUUCUGGAAAGCCUCCUUCAUUUAAAUAAGGGUGUAUACACUGGCCAUGGACAAAGUACUAGGUCGUUUUUUGUUUUUAUGCCCACUCUACUCUCCCCCCACAGAAGCAUUUAAACGUAACCCUUUUAGUGGGCCUUGCAUUACAAAGCAGCUUCCUAUUAAGGAUUAUUUGCAAGUCUGUCAGAUAAUCAAACUGUAAAGCUCUGUUGAAAACAGAGCUAACAUUCUAAAAUACAAACCAUGUAGGAACAAUUUUAUUUUCUUAUUUUGUAAGUGUAAUUAAUGAUAAAUCAUCAUGGGGGCAAAAGGGACCAAUGUGUACAGGAUGGAGAAACCAUUUUUUUUUUUUAUAAUUAAGAAAUUGUUGCAUGUGAACACAACACUUUUUUUUUUUUAAAUAAAAAAAAUAAAUAAAUAUAUAUAUAUAUAUAUAUAUAUAUAUAUAUAUAUAUAUAUAUAUAUAUAUAUAUAUGGUAUAAUAUAUAUAUAUAUAUAUAUAUAUAUAUAUAUAUAUAUAUAUGUAACCUUUAUUUUAUAUGUGCUAGUAUUUUUUUUUUUUCAAGCCUGGAGUGGCGCUGCUGCUGUUGUUCUCAGACUCUAUGGAUACCAAAACUCAUAGAGAUAACUCAGCAUAAAAAGCCAGGUGUUUUAUGCUGGCAGAGAACCUUACCCAGGCUCUGAGGGCACGAAGUUCACUUGUAACAGUUCAUAGCCAAGGUCUGCUUAUUAUUUACUUUUCCGUUUGUGGAAUAUGAGUGAAACCUAUUUUGUUCAUGCACACAUUUUCUAUCUACAUAAUGAGGCAGGUCCAAACUCCGUAAAAGGAAGGUUCCGUAGUAGCCCUAUUAAUAAGAUUUGUCUGCUGCUUUCUGGCAUUGUGUUAUAGAGUACAAACGUGUGUGUGUGUGUGUGUGUGUGUAUAUAUGUAUGUGUAUAUGUAUGUGUGUGUGUAUAUAUAUAUAUAUAUAUAUUUUUUUUUUUCCCAAUAAACAGUGUGUGUAUAUAACACUAUAUGGUAUUUAGUCAUAAAGCCUUAUGCAAAUAUGGGAGGUUUAACCCAUGCACAAUGCUCUCUGUUUUGUACACUCGCAAAAUGAAUUGAUAUACCUUGGUGAAUAGAGUAGAAAUCUGUACCUAGUCUUUCUAGGAAUACUUUCUAACCAAACCACAUGCUUUUUAAAAAGAAAACACCAAAAAAACCUGGCACCUUCCUGGGUGGGGGUGGUUUUGAAGUAGAGUCCUUUUCACUUGGCUGAGAAAAAGGCAUGUGCAUUUAACACAAAAGCCUUUAAGAGGAAAUGAAGUUAGGUAUUUUGAACUUGCCACAAAUUUAUACCAUUGCAGCCAGAAUGGCAUGAAACUGGAUUGGCCACAUGAAGCUUUUCUGAUGCAGAAAACAAGCUUCACCUUCCCCUCUUAUAAACUAAUUACCUCCACAUUUGAGUGACUUAUGUAAAUCUGAACUGUUUAUAAUUUUCUUUAAUGAUGUAUUGGAUUUUUAAAACUGUUUCUCACUAGCAUUUUCUAUAGUCUCUAUAGAGAGAGACAUUUAUUUAGUAGCAGAAGUUAUAUCCUUUCUUAAUUCUGAAGGUAAAAUUAAUUCAACUGGAGAAAUGUUUAAAUACUUAGGAUAUUUACACUUAAACUGCUAGUGAUGUCCCGCACGGUUCGCCGCAGACGGCGAAGAUAUGCGGUAAACUUUGACCCUGUACCUCACAGUCAGCAGACACAUUCCAGCCAAUCAGCAGCAGACCCUCCCUCCCAGACCCUCCCAACUCCUGGACAGCAUCCAUUUUACAUUCAUUGUGAAGCUGCAUUCUUAGUGAGCUGUCCGGGAGGGAGGGUCUGCUGCUGAUUGGCUGGAAUGUGUCUGCUGACUGUGCGGUACAGGGUCAAAGUUUACCGCAUAUGUUCGCCGUCCGCGGCGAACAGUUCGGGACAUCACUAUAAACUGCAAUAAAUAAAAGGACACUAUUGUCCCCAGAACCACUACAGCUUAAUGUAGUGGUUCUGGUGUCUAUACCAUGAAGAACUUGCCUUUUCAGAGAAAAAGGCAGUGCUUAUAUUGGUACCUAGUGUCACCUCAAGUGGCUCAGACAGCCACUGGAAGUGCUUUGUUUUCCAGUGCUGAACUGCGAUGCUGGACACUUCCCAUAGACUUUCAUUGAUUUCAAUGAUCUUGAUGAGAAGAUGCUGAUUGACUUGGCCUCGCAUGUUUUGCAGCGCAAGUGUAAUAGCCGAGAUAAUAAAGAUUGAUUGAUCUCCACUAUGGAGAUAGUGCCAGCCGCAGCUGGUCCGGUGCGAUGGUGGAAAAAAGGUAAGUAAAAUAUCCUUUUCACUUCAUAGAGAGAGGGACCGGCUUAUAGUGAAGUACUGACUAUCCGUUCUUACUGGUGGGACCUUACCACCUAGAUUCCUGGCAUGAAAGGGAAACAGGUUGUGACAUGUCUACCCCUUCCUUGUUGAGGAUUAGAUUUUAAGUAAAAGUCUGGCCUAGGAAGCAACAUGUAAACAUUUGCUAGUAAUGUGAAAUGGACCUCAAACUUCCUGCUUCAGUGAAAACUGUGCUGUGUGCAUAAAGCUGGUAGUGUUAACUAGACACAUUCUAGUUAUCCAUUAGUAGUGCAUGGUCAGAGUCCAAAUUAUAUAGCUGCUGCAUAGAUGCACGUUUUUAUUAACAAGAUAUCUGAUGCCAAUGACAUCAUCAGGCAUCCCACUGAAAAACUUGUAACUAACAGCCGCUCAGCUUUAACUGGGAAUGUUACUUUUUGCUUCUAUUCAAUUUUACACCCACACAUCUGGAAAUGGUGGUGUAAUUGUGCACGUACUUGAUCACAAAAUACGCUGUUGCAGCUUCUAAGGGAAAUGUCUAAUAAUAGUAGCACAAUUGCAUUAUUAAAGCAGCAGUAGGGUGAAUGUCUAGUAUGAAUUUUUUUUUUUUAAAUUUUUUUUCUUAAGCUACAAAUUAUUAAACUUUUUUUUGCAUUUGCUUUCAUCUUCCAUGAUUGUGGAAGUCUGAUACUUGUAUUCUCCAUGUUUUGCACUUUUAUGUCUUACUUGAUCUCCUUCCUUCUGUGUUUAUUGGUUCUGGAUACUGGUACUGUACUGGUACCAGUACUGUAUAGCGAAUAAAUGCCUUCUACUACUGUGUUUCUCCGAAAAUAAGACCGGGUCUUAUAUUAAUUUUAGUCACAAAAAACACACUAGGGCUUAUUUUCAGGGUAGGGCUUAUUUAUUUACGUUACCAGUAUGUACAGCUCUUUCUCUUUGCACUCAUCUUGUCUGGGGAUCAAAAUACCAUACUGUCUAAUUAAUCCACCCCCCUUUAAUAAAUCCACCCCCUCUAAUUAAUCCACCCCCUUUAAUUAAUCCACCCCCUCUUUAAUUCCAUCCCCGUUUAAUAAAUCCACCCCCCUUCUAAUUAAUCCACCCCCCUUUAAUUAAUCCAGCCCACCCUUUAAUUAAUCCACCCCCUUUAAUUAAUCCACCCCCCUUUAAUUAAUCCACCCCCCUUUAAUUAAUCCAGCCCACCCUUUAAUUAAUUCACCACCCCUUUAAUUAAUUCACCCCCCUCUAAUUAAUCCAGCCCACCCUUUAAUUAAUUCACCACCCCUUUAAUUAAUUCACCAAUUAAUUAAAUUCACCCCCCUUUAAUUAAUUCUAAUUAAUCCAGCCCACCCUUUAAUUAAUUCACCCCCCUCUAAUUAAUCCAGCCCACCCUUUAAUUAAUUCACCACCCCUUUAAUUAAUUCACCCCCCUCUAAUUAAUCCAGCCCACCCUUUAAUUAAUUCACCACCCCUUUAACUAAUUCACCCCCUUCUAAUUAAUCCAGCCCACCCUUUAAUUAAUUCACCACCCCUUUAAUUAAUUCACCCCCUCUAAUUAAUCCAGCCCACCCUUUAAUUAAUUCACCACCCCUUUAAUUAAUUCACCACCCUCUAAUUAAUCCAGCCCACCCUUUAAUUAAUUCACCCCCCCUUUAAUUAAUUCACCCCCCGCCCCCUUUAAUUCAGUCCCAGACAUAAAAUAUCUACCGGUACUCACAUUUCAAAGAUUCCUUGCCGAGUCCGACCACUGGGUGCCUCACCGCCCGGAAAUGGAUCCUUCCGCUGAAGAUCCAUGAAGGCAGACUUACGGCGCUGCGAAAUGUCGUCAUCACGUUGCGCGAUGCCGCGGCCCGCAACACUCCUCCUACAGUAGAAGAAGGAAGUCUCGCCGCAAAGGUGCAAUGCCUAGGUCUUAUUUUCGGAGUAGGGCUUAUAUUGCAGCCCACCCCGAAAAUCCGACUAGGGCUUAUUUUCGGGGUAGGGUUUAUUUUCGGGGAAACACGGUAAAACAACAUUGUGAUCUUUUAAAGUUCACAGUGCUACUCAGACCAGUCCAGUUAUCAUUAAAUGUCCCUAAUAUAUCAGAAUUGCAAAAGAGCAAGGUCAUUCCUGAAUACCUGUGUGCAUAUAUGAUGGCUGGUUUGAGUUUAACUGGUUCUUGGAUUGGUUCUACUCCUGGCAGCAAUUCUUCUGAUGUUUGGGAUGAUGUUGUUGAAGCUGCUGUUAAAUGGACGCACCAAUUUUUUUUAAUUAUGUUUGUGUAUAUUCUAGUUAGAAGUCACUAAAUGUGUGACGCAGAGGGAAGUGUAGCUUCCUCAUAUAAAGUGAAAGCGAGUGGGUAAGUUGACAUAGGUACAUCUGCAAUGAGUGUUAUAACAUUUUAUUAUUUAAUAUUAAUAUUGGUAUUUAUAUAGCGCCAGCAUAUUCUGUAGCGCUUUACACUAUUAACAGUGGGAGGGGAUUUAACAAAUUAGACAAUUACAAAAACGUACAGUAACAAUAGAUUGAAGAGGACACUCCCUUUGAGAUAGAUAUAUAUAUUCUCAUGACUAGCAUUUUUGUUUUUUACUUGAUGGCCAUGCAGCAUAUUGGUGAAAUAUGUGGUGAAACUACAUACUGCAGUUUACUCUUAUGCAUAGGUUUGGUUUAGGGUCAGAAAGGGAGCUUUUAAUGCUUUAUUUUAUGAGACUGACACUAAUAGAUAAACUGUAAGCUAGAAUGCUGUGAUUCUAAGCAAAGGCGACAUGAUAGGUAUGUAGAGGAAUGAUACAAAGCGUACCAAGCCCAGCCAGGAAGUCCUGUGGGGUACCCCCGAUACACCUACCACACAGAAAAGAAUGGACCACAUGAAGCAUUUGCACAAUAAAGUGCAGUAAGUACUGUCUGAUUUCCAGACUGCUCGGCCAUUGCGCUUACUGACUGGGCUUGAUACUGGUACUGUUUGUUUGAGCAUCAUUGUACAUGUGAAGCUUUGUGUGUGCUGUGAGACAUUGUGGUAGGAACUGUUUAAACCGCACCAGUUAGAUUCUUAUCAAAUAAUAUUUUUGGACAACAUGUAAUAAACAAAAAGCAAAAUCAGAAUCUUAAGUAAAUAAGUGUAUACAUGUAUGAUUGUCCUAUUCUAGGGGUUGGUUACAAGCACCGGUUUCUGUGCAUGCCUAUAUAAUGUUUACCGUAAAAUGUAUGCAUACUUCUGUCCAGUAUGUACGUACAAUCGGUUUCAUGUCAUUAGUGUGUUGGUUUGGUGUAUCGGUAAAAUUGUGAUAUGGACUCUGUGUAUCUACAUAGCCCUACUGCACCUCCCAGCUCCCCUACCUCUUUGUAAAAGAAUACAGAGUUGGCAAACAGUUUCUCUGGGAAGGUUCUAAGCUGGUGCCUGGGGCUGGUCUGCAUUCCACAAAGCCUGAGAUGCCUGCUGGGCAAGUUUGAGGGUGAGAGGUGGCUGGGGGGAUGGGCUCAUACUGUAGAUGCAUAACAAAGCACCUAGAUACCCACCUGGACACCUUUUGUGUUUGGACUUCAUUAAUUGCUGCUAUGAGGCAGAUCCAUUUCCUGAAACACUGGAACUCCAGACUUGCUUGGCACGUUAGCAAAGAUCUAUUUCUUUAACUCCUUAAGGGCCAGUGACAGUCUAUGCCAUCUAAUAUGAUGCUUACACGUAUUCUCUCCCACCCUCCCUUCUCUUAGAAGACUUCCCAGGGCAACAUGUUUGAUUCCUGGUGAGACUUAUGGGAAAAGAAAACUCUCCCUCAACAGUGCUGUGGUCUUGGUUUUUAGUAUAUUUUAAUUUUCUGUAGUUGUUAUUAUUUAUUAUUAUUUAUAUAGCGCCAUCAGAUUUCGUAGUUCUUGGCCAAUUUUUAAAAUGGGCAUCUGUGGGACAUUCUCUGAGACUUCGCUAUUUGUACAUGCACAUAUGCAAUGAGAUGUCUCUGGCAUCAGUUGAAGUGAAGGCUUAUGGUAAAAGAUGCAGCAGGUAGAAGUAGUUUGUUGCUUACGUUUGGCCACAUUUUGCUAAAAAUCGAAGUUUAGAUUGGACAAAGUAAUUCCUAGUUUGUUUUAUGUCCUUUUUGAUUGUAUCGUACUGAGAAAAAGUAUGUCCUGCACUUGCAAAAUGUGUGUAUCCACUAACUUGUUGCAAGCCUGCUCCAACUCCAAAGUUGUUUUGUAACUGGCAAUAAUGUGGACGUGUGCAGAGGAAGAAUAUUAAAGGAAUUGGAUACCCCUUUUCUAAAAGAACCAUACAUUCAUAACUUUCUAAGCUAGUUCUGUUCAUAUCAUGAACGCUGUAAAAGUGCCGUCUCUAAGCUUUAUGUGUAUUUUUGCAGUUUCCCCAUUUAGGAGUCACUGACCAAAGAUCAGUGUGCCAGAUCUGUAUCUGUGCUGCUGGGAGUGCUGCAUUUAGUCAGAAGUGUUUGUAUAGCGCUAUGGAAUCUGAUGGCGCUAUAUAAAAUUAAUAAGUGGGCAGGAAACCAUUUUUCUCUUUAAGAACCACAUAUACAUUUUAAAAAAUAUUUUCUAAAACUGCAAGAUUCCAUAGAGCUGUUUAGUAAACCUAUAUGUUCUUAUGGCUUAAGUAGUAAAAUAAUGGACAUUUUUUUUUGCUCAGCUGUACCAUAUGAUAUCUGGCAACCUAUGCUCUAGCCAUAUGCAGGCCCAAACUGCAGGGUGUUCUAGUGGCUUUGCAAUGGGAGGAUUACCUAUGCACCUUGGUCAGUGUGGCAUAUUGGCAUCCCAACCAUUUUGGAUGUUAAUAUAUUCCAGAAUCCUCUCUUCUCCAUUUCUAGCUCUCCUAAUUGUGUAUGGAAGGGAAUGUAUUUAUUUGUGCAAAGCUUUAACAACUCACACUAGUGGUUGCGUUUUUAUUUUAAAAAAUAAUUAUCAUUUGUGUGUGUAUAUAAUUGGACUAUUUAAUUGGACUGACAUAAUAUUUAAAAAAAACAAGCUUUCGGGUUUGAAUCAAUACUUCAGACCUGAAGUGUGUGUGUGUGUGUGUAUAUAUAGUGUAUUUAGUUUCCUACUCAUUAACUUACAUUGCCAUAAUACAGACCAGGACCGCCGAGCUCAUUACAAGUCCAGCGGUCCUGUUGGGGGGCUGGCAGAGAGCUGUAACUUACUUUUCCUGCAGCUCCUGUCAGCUCCCUUCUUUCUCCUCCGCUCCCCUCCCUGCCAUGUAUCAAGCAGGGAGGAGGGACAAAGAAAAUAUAAAUAAUAUUAAAAUAAUAAUAUUAAAAUAAUAAUCAAAAAAAUUAUAAAAAUGCCCACCCCCCACCAAGGCUCUGCAUCACAUAUAUACACACACACACACACACACACAUACAUACAUACAUACAUACAUACAUACAUACACAAUGCACUCAUACACACUCAAUGCACUCAUACACACACACACACAUAUAUAUAAUUUUGGGGGGGGGGUUAUAAUUUUAUUUAGAAAUUUACCAGUAGCUGCUGCAUUUCCCACCCUAGUCUUAUACUUUGAGUCAAUAAGUUUUCCCAGUUUUUGGGGGUAAAAUUAGGGGUCUCGACUUAUAUUCGGGUCGGCUUAUACUCAAGUGUAUAUACGGUAUGUUAUUUAUAUAGCGCCAACAAAUCCCGCAGCGCUUUACAGUGGGAAUUAAACUUAUGGUCCCCUUAUACAUCUUUAGUCCACUAGUAAAUGUAGGUAUGAACACUUUUAAUUACUUUUCUGUCAGGUGCUUAGAACUGUCUUGUAGGAAUACGAGGCUGCGUGGAAAAAGGGGAAGGACAGAGCUAAGAUCAUGCUAUUCAGUUUUAUUCCACAGUGUUGGCCUUCUCCCACAUCUGUCAGGUUGCUAGUGGGAGCAAUAUGCAAGACAGUGCAGCAAGAUGUGCCUGCUGAACCAUCUGUGUGCCAGAAGCCACUGGAUGCAAUGCAUUACAAUGUAUGAGCAACUGCUAAGUAUUUAGAUGCAGAGAGGCUCCUUGGUUAUACCCCUAAAGACGCACAAAAUAAGUUCUGUUUCAUAUAUAAUCUAAUGGGUUAAAUGAAACAAACAGACCUACCUAGAAAUACAUUUAUAUGUGUGUUAGGAUUGUACUUAGAAUUAUUGGUGUGGAUUAGUAUGUUUAUGAACACACUUUACCACUUACAGUCAUCUCUACAAUUAUUAGCAGAAAUUGAAGGCAUCAUAGCUGUGGGUUGGGUGCUUCAUUACCUAUUUCUGUUUUCUUCUUGGCAUGACACACAUUAUUUGUAAUGCUUAAAGCUACCCCUGCCCCUCCCCUCCUCGGCAGGUGCUCUCUUGCAUUUCAGUAGCUAAAUUCAUGGUCUCCUUCUAGCAACAAAUGUUUUGCGUGUGUGUGUUUAUAUAAAAAAACCUUGUGUCUUACUGGCUCCCUGUCCCACCUAUUCACUGACACAUGCACCUGAGCUAUUCUUCCAGUUGAGAGUAGACGUUUUGGCACACACCCCGGCUGCAGGAGACGCUCCCCUGGGUUGGGUAGCUUUGUGAUGCCUGAUCUGCUCCCCUUUGUUCAUUUUGCAGUGACAGUAGGAGCACAUACAGAUCCAAAAUAGGAAUUAUGGAUUCUGUCCUGUAAAACCUGUUAUAAAGUAGAUUAGACUCUCCUGUCCAAUUGUAAUUAUCCAAGGUACAGGAUUAAGUGAUUCUGCACUAAUCUUAUCUUUUAGGCCUUUUUUGGGGGGUGGAGCGGGGUGCACAGUAGAAGGUAUUGUAAUGUUGCCCUUUAGAGCACAUUGUAAGUUACUAAAAUCCACAUUUAUCCAAUGUAUUUUGUUAAAUUUCCCAUCAAUAUAUUUAGUGAGUAAAUCAACUUUUGUUCCUUUUAAGGUUUUUGAUUAAUGAAUACACUGAAAAUAUUCUACACACUAAAAGGGUAGCAUUCAUUUUAAUACGAAGACAUGUAAACACAACUGUUCUCAAUUUGCAUCAUUACAACUUUUCUGCCCUUUGUUAUUGUGUUACGCUGUGGGCCUGAUGUGACCAGCAACCUAUUUGUAGAGAGUUGCAGUUUGUUUGUACUGUGAAAGCAGUAUGGUUUUGACUGCUCUUUACCUUAUUGCUAAACCUGACUUGUAGGAUUUCAUCCAGAAUCUCUGGUUUUGACAGAUGCAAACGAGAACAAAAACCUCUGCUGGGAGGGGUCUUGCCCAGGCAGAGAAAUCUUAUCCAUUUUAAUUACAAUGAUUGUCCACCGUCCCCAUCCUCUUUCCUUGGUCAACACACACUUUAUUAGCAGGCAUUUCCUUUCUUUCUUUUUUUUUGCCCAAAUAUAUCCCUCUACCUGGACAAGAAGAGAGGGGUCUUUGGAGAAAGAGAACCAAGGAGUUCCAAGAAAUGUUAACCAACAUAAUUACAGAAGUAGUUGAGAUUUUCUCAAAACAUAGGUGUGCCAAUAGUUCUUCUCUUCCCACAUUUGUUUCAUAGUCAUACCCAAGGUAAAUCUGUCUCAGAGCCUGGCAAUAAUGAUCAGAUCCGGUAUAUUCAGUUUGUCACGGUGGGUUGAUGGAUAGAUCAACUGCAAGUGUUCUUUUAAUACAGAACAGGAGUAUAUCUUGCCAUCUUACCUACACUAAAGAUACUGGUUUCUAGGGAAUAUUUAACUAAUAUUUGAUUUGAGAAAGCCAUGUCUUUUUUUUUAUUUUUUUACAUUUUAUAAGGGGGUAGGGUGAGAUUAAUUUUGAUUUCCUCCCAGUUACGUUAUGUUGCUUCUUCAGUAUGUAGCAUAACUGCAUUGCUCUUUGUUUAAAAAAACAAACAAACCCUACAGCUUUUAUAAAUAUCUGCAUUUAUAAAAUACAGAAUGAAGAGAGAAAUAAACAAGGGAGGUCCUUCACCUUAGCAAGUGCUAAGAUAGUAAUACUUAGAAACCCUACCUGCUUAUUACUCAUAUAGGUAAAUAAAUUAGCAGACUGUAAAAUAGUAUAACCUGAUAAAGGUUCAAGGUGCAAUGUAAUACUACAUACAUUUCCAUGCAAUGUUAAAUUGUUAGGUUUCGGCCUUUACUGAUACUCUGAGGAGGCCGCCAGACACCCCUUGUCAUUACAACCUUUUCACUUUUUUUGAUAUGUAAACGACAGGCAAACAAAACCUCUUUCAUCCUAUCAUUUAAAAGGUUAAUUGGAACACCCCUCAUCACUAAAAGUGAGCCCACACAACAGUUCUUGACAUAAGGUCCACAGCCCACUGCCAGCUUACUGUGGAUUUUGUGUAAGCAGUUUUGUGAGUUGAAUUGUUUCGUUUUGGGGUUGCGCCCUGUCAUAAAACUGCAGGCUUUAAAUCUGCUAAAUCUUCUUUGUCAAGUGGAGGGUGUGGCUGUACAGUGGAGAUUGGUCUUUAGAGAACCUUGCACAAAUAUAAACACUGCUGUUUUGUAUUCUAGAUUAGCCUUCCCAGUACCUCAUCAUGUAUUGUAUUCUAUGUUCAAGUGAAGUGCUUUUCAACAAAACUGCUUCCGAAAAGGGCUGAUCUUGUAUAUGGCUAUGGUCCUGCAAGGUCUCUAUAGAAUAUACUUGGGACUUCAGAUUUAAGCCGCACUAAUUCUUGCAUUUCUUUAGAAAGGUAUGCAAUAUCGUGCAGCAUUGGCUAUACUGCAAAAAUUUCUACAAAAGGCCACUAAUACAGUAUAUUAUUCAGCAGGAUUUCUCCCACUGCUUUUCUUGACUAUGUACUAUUUUUAUAAAGACGCUGUAAUUUUUCCCUACUGUGUUUUAUUUCUUUUUAAUGUAUUCUAAACGGCCUUUGACAGUGUGGCAUAUUUUGAGGAGAGAUUCCAGUAACGUGCUCCCACCCCCUUCCCACCCUUUUCAUUUUGCCUGCUCUUGUGGACCUUGUAUUUUAUAUUCAGUGGGCAUGCUCUUCAUUGUAAAUUGGCACAUUUAAAUAGCUGUAUUAUUGUAUGACUCUAAUACCACCUGGGGCUUUACAAUCCUUAAAUAUCAAAUGUGCAAGUACCUGUUUAAAAUUUAAAAAUACAAAAGGAUCUCCAACCACAGAUCUUUCUUUUUCUAAAAUCUGUAUGAACAUUGGUAAGAGAAGAUACUUGAAAAGAGCUGUUGCUCUGGUUUGUGUACUUAAUAUUUAACUGUUCCUCCUGGUACAUCUGUUUCUGUGUACUGGACAGCUUUUUGUACUGGGUACCUCAGAGUUCCCCCUUUCUGCCCUGUUAUAGGAUCAGACCUCCGUGUCCUGCUGGGCCUGGCAGCCUGCAUGCACACUCACACAUUUUCCAGAGCCUGUGUGGUCUCUUUUGUCCAGUGUGCUUGCUUUGCAGUGCCCGCCUGUGCCAGCUGCUGUUUUGGGGACAGAAUGUCCACCCCCCCUUCAGGUGUCAGCACAAGCUUUUAUUUCCCCCCUUAAUUCCUUUUAUUCCAAAUUAGCUCUCUCUUUUCAUAUGGACCCUUAACAUCCCCCCCACCCCUUCCUUCAGAUAGAAAAACCAGGAGAGUGGAUAAGGCUGAAGAGUAAAGGGGGGGGCGUGCAGGGCGAGUUUGCCCUUGUGCCCUACCAAGACAAAAUACAAGGCAGCCCUUGAAUGAGAAUGUUGCAACAAUGGAGCAUAUGGCAGAGCCUGCUUGUUGGGCUUAGCUGAGAGGUAGAAUGUAGCGUUUGAUAUUCUGUUGAUAUGGUGCAUAAAUAGGCCCUACUUGUGAGCUACUUAUUCCACGCACUGUGUCUGUUACAUUACUAUCCAUGGGCUUUGUUACUUGAUGUUCUGUGUUUGGGAAAUCCUGCCCUUAGUGUGUUCAACUCUUACCUCUGUACUGAUUGGUGCACUGUUCUGUGAUGGGUCCAGGUGCGGAUGCACCCCGUUUCCUCAUUUGAGUUUUGCAUGCUCUACUACAUGCCCUACCUCUGGAUUGUCAUUGGAGCUGAAUUACUAUGAGAAGAGUCUCAGGAACUGAAGUAAGACACAUGACAAAAAUUGUGUGUGUGCCAGAACAUUGCUCAGAUAUGAUUGAUCGAUUGCCAGUGUCAAAUGUUGCUUUUCUAUGAGUAAGCAGAUAUUUUAACAUGGCUAAAAUUGAAGUUGUUGGUUUUUGUUUUUGUUUAUUAUAGCGUAAAUCACUAUGAAAUGUAUAGAGGUAAAUAUUGAUCAUCUUUGCGUUCUUUUGAAUGCGUGCUUUUUCCACAGACCGUUUUCACUCCUAGCGAGCAGCCUUUCUUUCCUCAUUCAUUUUAUUUUGUUGUACUAUGUGUAAAAAGUGUUUGCAUUACUCGAGGGGUUAAAGCAUCUGUUUCCCUUUCCUAGUUCCUACACAUGAACACCUCAUCUCUGCAGUAUAAAGCCCAUGUCUCACACCACUCUUUCUCUGCAGGUCCUCCUAAAGCAGGACCUAUUGUGUGCAUUCUAGUCCUAGUGCUGUACUUUCUCUGUAACCUAUUAUCUUAGCCCCUCAUCUUUUUGUCAGUUUUUUUCCUGUUGCUUUUUCCUCUCUAUCUAUCCUUUUUUCUUUUUCCCCCUCUCCUCUAUUUUCUCUGGGCCCCGCAGGCAAUCUUUUGCAUAUGGUUUAAAUUGACUGAGAAGCUUGUCAGCUGAACUUUGCUUGACUCUGGGUAUUUUUUGCUCUAGCUUGGGCUGUGUUCAUACAUUCCUGGUUUGUAUGUCUUGCCUCCUAAUUUUCCAGUAUGAAUUGCUGUGUUUUUGAGACUUAAUUUUUUUUUUCUCUCUCCAUCUCUCCUCCUCUCCCCGAUUUGCCCCAGUUGGUUGAAAUUUUUUUUUUUUUUUGAUUUUUUUUUUUUCCAAUCUAGAACACAUUGCAGCUUGGCAGAGUGUACAUAUCUGCAGCUACUAGGAUUUUACGUAUACAAAACACAAUAAAACAUGAAGCACAUAUUCAUCCUUAAUGAAAGGUUUUAAAGAGAAUGAAUCACUAAAUGUUCACUUAAUAACCAUAUUAGUUUAAAUACCGGCUUUAUUUUGUGUAAUUGCUCCAUUUUAUAAUGGCAUAUGUUUGUUUGGUAGAAUGUAAGUUAAAAACAGUCAAAAUUUAUGAUGUUUGCAGAAGUGACCAUUUUCCCUUAAAUCUGUAUAUAAAAAGAGGGGAAAGUUAAACCUAAUUAAAAGAUGAGAUUGCUUUUAUUUUUUUAUUUCCCCCACCCCAGGUUUCUGUAGUUGCCACAGGCAAGCAGAAGCAAUAGUUCAUUCUGCUAUUCUGAAGCUUCUCAUCCUGGUCUUAUUCCAUAAACCUUUGUCCCGCAGGAGUUUAUGACCUGUUCAGUUCAUCUGCAAUUAGAGGCUCCAUUAAUCUGAUCUGAUGAGUGGAAUUACUUAGAAAUGUCAUAGCAACUACACUGUAGCCACUUUUAUUUUGACAGCACCAUUUAGUUUUGUGAAUGGGGUUGUGCAAAGUGUAUGACCAAGCUGUCCUUUUCUCAAGUCUACCUACAGAGGUUCAGGUUCACUAAACUAUAGGGGGAGAUGUGGACUUGACUUGAUAGAGAUAUAUAUAUAUAUAUAUAUAUAUAUAUAUAUAUAUAUAUAUAUAUAUAUAUAUAUAUAUAUAUAUAUAUAUAUAUAUAUAUAUAUAUCUCUCUCUCUCUCUCUCUCUCUCUCUCUCUCUCUCUCUCUCUCUCUCUCUCUCUCUCUCUCUCUCUCUCUCUCUCUCUCUCUCUCUCUCUCUCUCUCUCUCUCUCUCUCUCUCUCUCUCUCUCUCUCUCUCUCGAUAUAGAGAGAGAGAGAGAGAUAUAUAGCUAUAGAUAUAUAUAUCUAUCUAGAUAGAUAUAGAUAGAGAUAUCUAUCUCUAUAUAUAUAUCUCUAUAUAUAUAUAUAUAUAUAUAUAUAUAUAUCUAAUGAUUUUUUUUUUUUCUCCAAAAUCAUUGCAGUGAUUAGCAAGUGUGUUCAAAGGAACCAGGGACCUUUUUAACUAUAAAAUGAGCAUACAUUAUUUCAUGUGGGAGUUUUGUUAAAAGAUUUUCAGGUCCUGGGACAAUGUAGGCCAUGUGUAGUGGAGGAGACUUGGAGUAUCUCUUACUGUUAAUUUGCCUGACGAUUUGGUAGUAGGUUAUCUAUUCCCAUCAAUUCCUUGUUUAGUAAAUUACACUCUUUUGUGUGCAGUUAAACAUUUCUUUGAUUUGGUUUUCAAAUGCUGUGGUACAUUCCUUAAAGGAGCACUAUAGUCUUAGAAAUUCUAAACCAUAUACCUUACUACAAUGUCCCUCUCACUCUGCCACUCCACAGCAAUUGAAUGGUUAAACCCUUUAUUCACAUCCCUGAUUAUAGCACAGAGGUUACUGGGCGCUGGAUUGAUUGGCAGACUGCCAGGGUUGUCUGGUAGAUCCCUUAAUAUAUAAUGAAUAAAAUAACAAAAUAUGACAAUCCAGGCAGAAAUAUUUGACCCUGAAACGUUCCAAAACCCCAUAAAACCUGUACACGGGGGAUACUGUUGUACUUGAAAAAAAUGUAAAGAGCAAAAAAUGGGUCCUGAAGGAAGGGCAGAAAGAAGAGAAAAUUAUUCCCCCCCAAAAUUUAAAAGAUCAAAUUAUUAUUAUUUUUUUUUCUUUACCGCCCCUACCCCUCAACACACAGCACCCCUCACAUACAAACACAUACACUGCACCCCUCAAUGCAUGUAUGUAUUCAGCGGACUGUGUGCGCGUGUAUGUAUUCAGCGGACUGUGUGUGAAGUGGAUUUGUUGGCAAUACUAAUAAAUAUAAGCUUAAUUUUACCUAUUUAUAUCAUUAUUUAAAAUUUGUAUCCUUGGAAGUCUUUGUGUUCUUUUAAAAAAAAAGUUGUUAAUUAGUUCGGACAACUGUAUUGACAGCCGUUAGAGGGCUUCCGCGCUUCUCACUGUGAUUUUCACAGUGAGAAGACGCCAGCGUCCAUAGGAAAGCAUUGUGAAUGCUUUUCUAUGGACUGGCUGAAUGCGCGUGCAGCUCUUGCCGUGCAUGCGCAUUCAGCCGGUGACAGAAGAAGAGGGAGGAGAGGAUCCGGAGGAGAGCUCCCCGCCCGGCGCUGGAGAAAGAGGUUAAACCCUUCCUCUCCAUCCAGCCCGGCGGGAGUGGGGGCACCCUCAGGGCACUAUAGUGCCAGGAAAACAAGUGUUUUCCUGGCACUAUAGGUUUUUUUUAACUCGCCAUUAUCCCUUCUGUAAAUGUUUAAAACGCGCCGCACGGAUCUGCCGGCAUGUGCUCCGCUCCCCCUUUGUGACAUCAUCGAAAUGGCCGAUUUUUAGCUAAUCCCGCGCGGGGCCAAAUGCAGUUUUGGCCAAUCAGGACCUCCUUGUAGAGAUGCAUUGAAUCAUCUCUAUGAGGUAAAUUCAGUGUCUCCAUGCAGAGCGUGGGGAUGCUGAACAUCAGGGCUGCUUUUUUGGCAGCACUGACCCAGGAAACACCUCCAGUGGCCACUUGAAGGUGUCCAAGUAAAGUAAUACUUCCUGAUAUUAUUUUUAAACCUUUGCCCCUCUAAUUUAAGACUGUCCUCUUGUUCUGGUAGUUUUUCUUCUUUUAAAUAUAGUCUCCUCCUUUACUGUGUUGAUUCCCUUUGUGUUUAAAUGUUUCUAUCAUAUCCCCCGUCUCGUUUUUUUUUUUCUCCAAGCUAUACAUGUUAAGAUCCUUUAACCUUUUUUGAUAAGUGUUUUUUUUUUUUUUGUUUUUAUCCUGCAAUCCAUGAACCAGUUUAGUAGUCCUUCUCUGAACUCUCUCUAAAGUAUCAAUAUCCUUCUGGAGAUGCGGUCUCCAGUACAGCGUACAAUACUACAAGUAAGGACUCACCAGUGUUCUGUACAAUGGCAUGAGCACUUCCCUCUUUCUACUGCUAAUAUCUCUCCCUAUACAACCAAGCAUUCUGUUAGCAUAGACAUGUGGGUGCACUUGACAUGAAAGGGGUAAAUAUAUGGUUGAGCAGACCUAUAGCUCAAUUCUAAGUUUUUGGUUUGGUUCAGAACUUGGACAAUUGCCUCUGUUUUUAAGGGGACAGGUAGCACUUCAAUGAUAUCCAGUGGCCUGGGUGCCUAUAGUGUUGCUUUAAUCCCUUAAUGAUUGGUGUAGGCAAAGCCAUUUCUAUCUUGACAUACCUGACAUAGCAUUGGCCCUUAAAGAGGAGCUCUCAUGUCCCAUUAUAUUCUGUUUACUAAUUAUGUGUGUAUACUUAUCGAUCUAUCUUCAGUCAUGUUAAAUAGAAAGUAUCCCCUCUUUGAAAUCUGUGGUUUUACAUAACAAUAAUCUUUCUUGGCAGGUCCUAAAAUUGGCUAAACAAAACCUCCAAAUGAAGAACACCACAUGACCUAUUACACCGUGUCACGUGUGUGGGUUAAAAUAGGGUACACAGUUACUGCUUCCAUAGGAAGUAAGAGGCUAAGUAGCAGACAUAUGCUGCUAAUCAAAUGCUCUUGAUUGGUUAAUUGAUUAAUUAGCAAGUGUGACCACCUCUAUAAAAGCUGAAGUUUUAGCAGUUUGCUGGUCUGGAGAAUUCAGGUGUAGGUUAACAUCAGUGCCAUGGAGAAAUAGGUUUCUGCAUUUAAUUUUACUUUUUAAACUUAACAAAAAAAAAAGAAUAGUGAAAAAGGAGACCGCAAAACAUGCAAGGCAUGUUCAAAACAUUUUUAAGGAAAUUGCGCCUCUUCUUGAAUUUGAACCCCAUUAAGUAUUGAUCACUGCAAUCUUUAGAACUCAUUCACUUGAACUGUUGUAUUUGCUUCCAUACGGAUUAUUCAGUUAGUUGUUGUACAUAUCUGAAAGUGACUGACCGAAAUAUAGGAAUUUGAGUCCAAGAUGAACGGCAUGUCCAAGAUUUUACUUUCAAAAAUUAUAUCGGAGCUGGGAAAGAAUUGCUUUGUUUAGAAAUGGGAAAACAGAUUUUUGUUGUCUGGCUUUUAUAGCUAAACAAUAAUUUACUAAAGCAGAUUUACAUGUUUGUUCCCUGGGAAAUAUUUGUUGGACUACUAUAUUUUCAUUCAAUAUAUAAAUUAAUAUUUUUAUAAGUAGAAUGCUGUAGCUGACUGACCAUCAUGCUGUAUAUUUAAGGUUAAGAUUCGAUUUAAUUUUUUUUUAUAUGUCUUAAAAAUAUAUUUUCAAAAAUGUAUUAUUUUUAUUAUUUAUUUAUAUUUUCUUUUAUUGUCUUUCAGGCCAAGCACAUUAAAAGAUACGGUGGAAAUGGAUCUGCCAAACCAUGCCAAACAACUGCUGCUUCAGCUGAACCAGCAACGAGCCAAAGGUUUCCUCUGUGAUGUAAUUAUUGUUGUAGAAAAUGCCCUGUUCCGAGCCCACAAGAACAUCUUGGCUGCCAGCAGCAUGUACUUCAAGUCCCUUGUUCUCCAUGAUAACCUGAUCAAUCUGGAUACGGACAUGGUGAACCCAUCAAUUUUCCGUCAAAUCUUGGACUUCAUCUACACUGGUAAACUGUUAACAUCCGCAGACCAGCCAGGAGAGCAAAACUUCAAUGCUCUGCUCACUGCAGCAAGCUACCUCCAACUCCAUGACUUGGCAGCUCUAUGCCGUAAGAAACUCAAGCGUGCUGGAAAGCCAUUUGUUGGGAAGCUUGGAGUACCUAGUAUAGGAAGGAUGGGAAGGAGUCACAGACUCUCUGCUCCUACACUGGCUCACAUGCGCUUUUCCGGGUCCACCGACUGCACCAAGGAAACACAUUCAAAUGACUUAUCCAAAGGUACUGGGCCAGAAGAGGAGGUAUUUCUCAGCACACCCAAGCAGGACAACAGCCACCCUUUAAAUAGAGGUACAGGAAGCAACAAUAGCCUCAAUAACAGCACUAAUGGAAGCGACCAGGAUCUUGGCCUUGACCUUUCCAAAAAAAGCCCAUCUUUACCUGGACAAGAUGAAGGUACGCAUUCAGACAGCCAUACAGGCUCCCCCCAGUCUGCCUCAGCAUCUGUAACCAACUGUGCCUCAUACGAUGAGUCUGGCCUCCAGAAAAGAGAUGUCAAUGAAUCGAUGGAAGUGGAUGAGAACCAUUGUGAAGCGGGGCCAAAGAAAAAUCUCCGCCACGUCUCCCGUCUAAAAGAUUGGGACAGGAGUGAAGGGGAGAAGCCUGUAGAGGAAGGAGAUGGGACAAUACCCAAUGGAGUAAUUGUUGGACCUUUGUCAAAGGAAAGGAUUUCUGGAGGUGUCUACAGCUCUGACCAGACUUUCCAGUGCAAAGAAGAUAUGGAGAAUGGCAAGGACAACAGUGAGGAGAGUGGACAUAGUGAGAAUGAGUGCAGUGGCCAUCCUAGCGCCAAUUAUGUAUAUCGUCAGGAAGGUUUUGAGACUGUGCCAUUUGGUGAUAAUCUAUAUGUGUGUAUUCCAUGUGGGAAAGGUUUUCCUAACUCUGAGCAAUUGAAUGCCCAUGUGGAAACACACACCGAAGAGGAGCUAUAUAUCAAAGAGGAGGAUUCGUACAGUAAAGAGGAAGCAGAGGACCUGUCCACUCCAAAUACCACCUUCCCUACUGAGUCAAGGCCAUUUAAAUGUUCAGUGUGUGAGAGGAGCUACAAGGAUCCAGCUACACUUCGACAGCAUGAGAAAACACACUGGCUGACCCGUCCUUUCCCCUGUAACAUCUGUGGCAAGAUGUUUACUCAACGGGGCACCAUGACCCGCCACAUGAGGAGCCACCUGGGGCUCAAACCUUUUGCUUGUGAAGAGUGCGGAAUGCGCUUUACCAGGCAAUAUCGAUUGACUGAGCACAUGCGGGUCCACUCAGGGGAAAAGCCCUAUGAAUGUCAGCUCUGUGGGGGGAAAUUCACCCAGCAGCGCAAUUUGAUAAGUCAUUUGCGUAUGCACACCUCCCCAUCCUAAACCAAAGACUUAUGUGACAUCCUAAGAAUGUGCUUCUCUUGUACACAAACUCACACACACAAACCAAUUUACCUUCCUUAUGACUUGCUGCUUUAAGGGUACCCUGUUUUCCAGUUAGGUUGUCUCAGAGAUGGUAAAGAGGGGGGUGUAAGGUCUCAUCUGAGCUUUAACAUGUAAUUAAUGACUGUGGCAUCUCAAUUUAAGGUACAGAGGAAGUCUAUGAUAUGUUUCAUCUCCGCUUCCCUCCGUGAAACUCAUUAGAGUUUAAACAUGAAAUCCCAGUCACCCUUAACCCCUUUUACUUUCCAUUCUCUCAGCACCUACGCAAAGACUUCAAGGUCCCUGUUCAUAAGUAAUGGCUGCACUGUACCUGCAUGAUAUUGGCAGAACUAUAAUUUUAGUUCUUAUAUGCAGGGAAGCACCAUGUUUGUGUUUUUUUUUUUUAAUAUAUAUUUUUGCAGUCAGGUCUUUGGUUGUGGUUUAAAGGGUGGUGAGGCAAAUUUGGGGCAGGGUAAAUGUAUAUUAUUGCCUGUGGCAUAUUACUCUGUGCCCUUCAGCAACUAUCCCUUUCUGCAUUUUGGCACUGCCUACAUCUGUCCAGUCUGAGGAGAUGCUGGCCUCCUGUUUAUCAUAUAAAAACCAAGAAAACCUCACAACUCCCUCCCACAUUUAUCACUGGGUGCAUCUAGAUAGGUCCAUGCCAGGGUGCCUCUUUCAUACACCAGUGCAGAGAUAGCUGGAGUCUGGCUGGCACAUUUCUGGGGCUCUUGGUGUUUCAUGGCUGUGAAUAGUUUGCAUGUUCCUUCUUGGUAUUAUCUUUCUUUAACAACCUCAAUUAAAACUCGUUCAACACUGACUAGAAACUAAUGUUUUUUGUUUUACAAGUUGCACCCAUGUGAACUAGUGGGAGGGAGUACAGUUCUGUUAUGUUAGGCUACACCCCUGUUUUAUAUUCCUGUCUCUUAUAGGUACUUGUCUCUAGGUUGUGGAAGACUGGGCUUAUUUUAUUUUUUUUCCUCUUGAAUCUGUGAAUUAUUGAACUGGAAGUUUUGGGGUAAUAUUUUUUUUUUGGGGGGGUGAUGGAGGUUGGAUUCUAGCCUUUUCUCUUCAUGUGUACAUUGAAAAACCCUAUCAGUGCUGUAGGAUGCUGCCAGUGCCAAAAUAUAGCAUUAUAUGUCCUACCCUGAAUGUAUUAGGACAGCCGGGCACUGGUAAUUGCUCCAAUUUAGAAAGGAAAAACAAAUCGUCUUUGCUGCCAGACUGGCCAGUAGAGUUUUUCUGGAAGCAAAGCUCAUAGAACCAAAUAGCUGUUCAGGCAAAUGUUUUUGUCUUUACAAGGUACUCACUCUUCUUUGUGUGUGUGUGUGUUUGUAUGUUUGUCAACCAGUCGCAUGCUCUGUGCAGAAAGCUGUACGGUGGAGGGAUGCUACGGACUGGUCAUUUAUUUGCUACCUCUUAAAUAAGAUGCUUUUGCUGUAGAUCUUUAUGUAUUCACCCCCCUAUCACCAAUGUAAGUUAAUGUAUAAAUUUAGAAGAUUUAAAUUAAAUGACAAGCCUAAAAAGGCACAAAAAGCAGACUGUAUAAGGAAACGUCAACCGCCCAACCCUGUUUAUGGCCAAAGCUCUGCUCUUUAUCCCGCCCCCCAAAAAUAAAAAUAGGCCAAAGAAAUACUAUCAAACAAAGUACCCUAUGUUGCCAUGCUGGUGCAGACAAUGUAGUCUUCUUGCUUGACGUUUAGAAUUUUGAUGCCGUUCUAAGUAAUCUAGUUUUCACUUGGGUAAAAGGUGUUCUUAACCUAUCAGAGCAUAAUUGUACCUAAAACUAACUGAUGCAGUUACAAAUGUGGUGUUUUUUUAAUGGCAUAUGAGUUUGAACUGAGUGGUUAAAGGCUUUUUCAGUUGGAAAUUAUUUGAUGAUCAAUUUAACUGUAAGCUGAGAAAAGGCUCAAUUCUUUUUUUUUUUUUUUAACAUAUAUAUCUCACCUUUAGUUUAUUUAAUCAGAGGAUGGAUCCUGUGAUGCAGCAGGAGUUGUAAUUGUAACAUGUGUAUUUUAGGAGGAAACCAUGUAUGGUCACUGACAACAGGCUAUUAAGUCUAGAUAAGCAUAUUAUGCUUACAUUUUAUGUCAGAAAAGGGUCUCCAUGGGCUAGAAAUAAAAAUGAGAUGACUUGUUAUGGGAAAUGCUCUUUGUGGGUUUUCCCUGUUAUGGCAUAUGUUUUGGAGAAAAUUUAAAUGGAUAAUUCUUAACCAAAGUUUAUAUUUACCUUCUCCCCCUCACACCUGCACUGUAGGCAGUUCAUAUUCUACCACCACCAGAAUCGAGAGCUUCCUUAAAGAACUCCAAUGCCUUCUUCCAGCUUUGAGCAGGUUGGUGUUGAUGGUAGUUUACAUUAACACCCCCAAUACCAUAUCGCUAAAAUGAUCUAUUUAAUUUUUGUGGGUAUUUUUGUUUUGCUUUUGUUGCUGUUUGUUUAUGACCAAAAAAAAUCAAUACUAAAGAAAUAGGAUGCCAUUUAUUGUGUCGCACAAGAUAUAUUCUUCUUCAGCUUUGUUUAUGUAUUGGGAGAUACAUUUGUUGUUGUUUUUGUUCUCAUCUCCCCUCCCCCCCACCCCCUUUUUUAAUUUAAAUUUGUUUCCAUAUGAAUAUGGUUGUUAUGAGCUCCGUCUUGUCUGAAUGAUUUGUUUGUAACAAAAACUAUAAAAACUUAAAAUGCCACAGUAAUAUGCAAUGAUUAAGCAAUGACAUUUUAUCUGCAGUUAGGCAAGCUAAUGGGAAGUGUUGGCUGUGAUAUAAACGUGUGUGUGUGUGUGUGUGUGUGUGUGUGUGUUUUCCCAUAACUUGCCAGAACACCAGAAAUUUGAAUGUACAUUGCAGGUUUUUUGGGGGGGGGAGGGGGGAGAGGAGGGUUGGGGUUUCCAUCUUGUUUUUGACUGGGGAGGAAUGGGAAGUUUACCCUUAAAUACAACAGCGUAAACAAACAUUUUUUUUUUUUUCUCCAACCCUGCUUAAGAGCUAGUAAUCAAAUGAAAUAAACUAUUUUAAUUACUUGUUCUUGUCAAAAUACAGAAGUCGCAUUCAUAAAUACUAGGAAAAGAUAGUGAUCCACAUCACAAUUUACUUGUUUAAUACAAUCUCCAUCUGCUGAAAUAAUUCCCAGAGUACAGGCCAUGUAUGGCUCUUCUCUUGACUGAUUGGGUUUCACCUAGGUUUGACCUGUAUAGCUUUGGUUGUUAUUUUACUUUUUUAUUAAAGUCAUCUAACAUGAGUGACAAAUGAGCUCAAGGCCAUCAUUUAAAAAUAACAAAAAACUUAUCAAAGUUGGGAUGCACUUUUUAAUAUCUAGUCAUGAAUUGGGCAGUGGAAGGUUAGGCAAUGAAGAGCAGCAGAGGUGUUGGCCACAAAUUAAAAAUAUAUUCUUACAGUCUGACAUUUUGUUAUUCUCCCUUGGCAACCACCCACAAAAUGAUUGGAGGAAAGACCUAAUCUUAAAUUUAAGAUUUUCAAAAUCAGACUUGGUUAUCUGUUUUCAGUUAUUUUUUUUUAUUUUUUUACCCUACUCUUUCCCCCAAUCUACUUGUACAUUUUCCAGGUUACUUCCCUGACAUGAUCACUUAUUUUUCUAAAAUAUUCUGCUUGCUUUUGGAAGAGCUGCACUAUAGUUUUUUCAACUCUCUAGAAGCAAAAGUGUUGGCAUGAGUUGUGCUUGUUAUUUUGGGAGAUUAUUCUCCUACCUUGUUUUCUAUAUUAAAAUAGUUUAAUCUUUUGAUACCAAAAAUUGGUACACCUCACUGUCUAGCCAUUGCUUAUACACAUUUUUAAAGACUUUUAGAAAUAUACCCUUUUUAGCGAGAGAUGAUACAAACUGCACCUUCACCCCAUAAGGAUUGGAAACUUAACUCCCAGAAUUUUUCUUAUAUAUAUAUAUAUAUAUAAUUUUUUUAUUUUAGUUUUUUUUAAUAUAGGCAUGAUUUAUUUGAAUUUUUUUUCUCGGCACUUAUCGACACAAAGUCUGUGUAUAGUGGAGUAUUUUACCUUUUUUUUUUUUCUCUUUUUUUUAAGCUAUGUAGAUUUGUGGUAUGUGUUAUAUUGACUGAAUAUAAAGGAAAAAAAAUUCCAAACUGUGACAACAUUAACAAUAUUUCUCAAACAUCAGGGACUGGCUACCUCUGGGCAUCAAACUUUCAGCCACAUUUCUAUGACAUAGUAUUGUAUCAAACAUUUUCUGUAUUUUAUGAGAAAAGCAAAACACUAGUUUCAUAUAAAAAAAAGUUAAAAAAAAAAAAAAAAGUAAGAGUUUUGGGAGGUUUUUGGGACCUGGGUAGAAGGGGUUGGGAGGGAUAGGGAAAUAUAUUCAGCAUACAUGAAACCUGCUGUUAAACAUGAAAUGCAGCAAUUUCUCAAUGUAAUAUGGCAGGCAGCGAAAAACGCUUGAGUUCCUGACAAUUUUUUUUUUUUUCUUUCGGAGUAACAGGAGACAACCAUUUUUAAAAAUGUAUAAAUAAGGAUGUAUUAUAAAAUCAGAAACCUAAAAAAAAAAAAAAAAAAAGCUUGUACCCAAAUCCAUAAACUAUUUUUUAAACCAAAGCACAUUUUGAAUAAACCAACUGAGCUCAGAAAAAAAAAACAACAAAUGGACUAUUUAUAUCUCAUUGUUUACAUAAAUAUUUGCAGUUUCAGACCUCAUUGACAGGCCAGGCAAAACUGAUUUCAAUUUACCAUGGGCUAAAAUCUAUUUUUGUUGGAAAUAUCUUUUAUUUUUUUUUCUUUGAAAGUGUAAUGGGAUGUACAUCUCUGUAAUAUGCGUGGGGCCAAUUUAGCAUUUUCCAAUUUUUGUAGAGAUGUAUUGCUGGUGAGUUUUUAUCACCUGAUCUAAAAUGUAAAGUUUUCACUGUGCACACAGUAAGAUUUUGUUUUUAAAUUGGUCUGUAGUUAUAAUGCAGAGCCACAGUAAGUAUGACCUUUACACUAAAAUCUAGGUAUUUGCAUAGAUGAAAUAUCACAUAUCUGAUUUUAAUUUAUUUUAUUUUUUUUCUGGUGUGUAUCUGUGCUUAAUUUUGUUUUCACAAAUAUGAUGAGUUUACCUAUAUAUAUUUUUUAAAAGUACAGUUUGUUCUUGUGACGCACACAAUGUGUUUUAAUUUUUUUCCCCCCACUCUUUUUCAUAGACCCGAUGGGCUGUUGAUUUUAUAUAAGGAAUGUAUAACUGAUCAUGUUGCUCAUCAUUGAAUGAUUACACCCUAUAGCCCGUCCACUUUUAGUAAACUCUUAAUCACUAACUGAUCUGAACACAAACGUGAGGUUCACAAAAAAGAAACAACCCAUGGAAAAUUAAGUCAUUCAUUUUGCCUGCUCUUAAAGAACUAAUCAAAGAUGGUGCAGACUUUUGCAGUGUUUGUAUUGUUUCACUAUGUAUGUGCAGUUCUGAAUGUAUUUAUUUCACAGACUCUGCGUGCAACUAGAGGGCGGGGGGACGACGACUGGGGGGUGAUAUUUAACAUUCUUAACCCCUUUUUGCUGGUCCUUUGUAAAUGGAAAGUGAUGAACGAUUUGCACGUAGGACUGCAAUUCUUUCCUGCCACCAGGCCUUGUGCCAUUUUGCAGGGUGUCUGUGGCAGCGAAGGUGUCUAACUACAGGACUUCAGAAAGAAAAAAAACAUUGUAAUAUAAUAAAAAAAAGAACCUAACUAUCCUCAGAGACUCAAAAGAUAGCCAUAAAUCACCAAACAGGACUUUAUGUAGCUCUUCUGUUUCAUACUGGAUAUCUUCUGUUAUUCUUUAUAUUUUUGCUUUUAUUUAAUAUUGUAAUGCCAUCUGUUUCACUUGUUAUAAAUGUCCUUGUUUAUUCCCCUCCAACCCCACUACUCUCUUCCCUGUUUACAUGUGUUUGGAAAACGUUGCGAUAAUUCCUUCAGUGCUUGAGAUGCAGGAGGUGAACUUUUGAUAAAGAGAAUGGUUCUGUCCAGUUGUCCGUGUUAUAGAAAAAUAAACAAUGGUAAUCGGAACACAAUCAGAUGAUUAAUUGAGGAUGGAUAGAGUUUGAAUUUGUUUUUGUUUUAAAUAUGUUAUGCAUACACAACCCAAUAUCUUGGUAAAGGAAUUGUGAUGUUUGUAUGCUAGGAUGUGCUGUGACAGCCUCAGUCUAAAUUUUUGAAAGCUUAUGACGCUUGGCACAUGGGAAUAUAUGUGAACAGGCAGACACAUUAAGAAAGCUAUAAUGUCAAGUGUCGCUGUGUGUGUGUGUGUGUGUGUGUGUGCGCGCGCACACACGGUAUAAAGAGUGGAUGACACAGAAUGUGCAUGUAAGCGCUGGCAUUAUGGGAAGAUAAUGGUUUUGUGGAGGGAAAUAUAUUUUAUGCUUUUUUCUGAUGCAGUCCUCACCCCAAUAAACAUUUCAGUACGGUUUACGAGUUGAGUGAAAUGUGAUGGUUCUUUAAUGAACACCAUGUUUUAAAACUUAUUUGAUUGAGAAGUUAAAAUGACAAUUUUCCUAACAUUUACAACUUGUGUAAUAGUCACAUAACUCUUUAAAAUUAAAUAUUGUUUUUAAAGGAACAUUGUAGUGUUUAUCGUGUCAGUAGUUCAGGGCUUAGCUCAUUAGUUGAAAGCAAUCAGCUGAUGCUCUUUGUCAAUGAGCGAAGCCACGUAGCUCAGGAACGCUAAUGAAUGUUCCUGCUUAGGAACUUACAGCUUAGCAGUGUUGGUAGUGAAGACAGGAAGUGGCACCAGGCGGGCACAAGUAGUUAGAAGGUUCAAAAACAGGUUGAUUUACUUACAGUAGGGAGCACCGGGCACUCCUACUACAUACCACUACAGUGUGCUGUAUUGGUUAGGAUGCUUGAAAUGUUCCUUUAACACCUAAAUGAACUCUGAAAACCACACAGUAUGACUGUAGUGCACAAGAUAUUUACUGCUCUCAUAGAAAUAAAACCUCACUUUAUUCUUUUACUGAAUAUGCUUGUAAUUUUACGAACACAUUGGAUAAAUAGAUACGUUUAUUUCCCACAGAUACACUGUAGAACUCAUGAUCACUCUCAAAACAGUGGUAUAUUUUUUAACACAAAUAGGGUGAAUCUGACAGUAGGCUUCAUUGUUUCUCAUUAAUUGUAAAAUAAUGUUAUUCUGGAACAAGCUCCGUAAAGACUGUUUUAAGAUCAUGUUUGGUUUACAGGGUUAUUCACGAAUAUUCAAAUCUAAGGCAAAAGAAGCCGUACUGGGAAAAUAGCUGAAUUUGUUUCUUUUUUUUUUUUUUCAGUAAAGCUAUUUUGGCCUUAGAUUUGAAAUCCAUUUUGAAUUCUCACUUUUGUGGGAUUACCCUGUUAGUCUGAUAUAAAUGUAGCCUAUUCACUUGCCAAACAAUAGAGCCGUGUAGUAAUUCUCCUUGAGCUAUCCUUCUGACGCAGUCAAUGUAAAUCAUAUUGCAGUACGAAUGGUGGUUUGGCAAGCAAAUUUUGAGUUCACAAAUUCUGUUGGACGAAGUAAACAUAUGUUUUAAUGUCUCCUACCCAAACAUUUAUUAGACUCUUUAGGUUAACAUGAUAUUUUAGCAAUGCAAAAAAUGAAAUCUAAAUUGCCGCAUGUUCACAGUGCUGCCUCAAAAUUGAAAAGUGUAUGUUCAGUUUUCAUAGUAAAAUACAAUUUGCAUAAAUUUAAAGACCCCAUUUUAUAGUUAUGAAACACAGAAAGUUUAGGACUGCAUUCAGUGUAGUUUAUAACUGGAUUAAAUUUGUAUGAAAGUGAGAGAGAGGUAAGCGUUAUUUGGCAAUGCUUCCACUCUGACACUGCCAGGAUUAAUUUGUGCCAAGAAUCUUUAACCCUAGAAUAACCAGAGUAAAAGUCACAGGCUUCUUUGGCACGAAAAGGGAUUUGCAGCUUCUCUGGGCAUACCUUUGAAUGCUGGAGCAUGUUGUGUGACCGUGAUUCCUGGAAAGAAGGCGGAUUACACCUGUCUUGUUUCUAAGAAUCUUGCCAGGGAGGUGUUCUCUUAUUGAGCAAGAGUUCACUCAGUUGCUGGAUAAUGAAUCACUAACCUCAGAUAAAAAAAAAAAAAAAGGCUAAUUUGUGUGUGUGUGUGUAUGUACGCGUUCACACUCUGCACUAAAAUAGAACUCAUUAGGUUUAAAUAAUGCCUUUGCCAAGAAUACUUUUUGUCACUUCUUCAGUAAACCAUGCUGCCCUGUUUUUUGACAUAAGCUAAUGAAGAUGAAUUUCCGUUAUUGGGUAUUACCCUAUUGACAUUACUAGCAAACAUGCUUCUUUCUCUAUCCAUCCUUUAAUUGAAUGUAACAUUAUGAACACUGGGUAGUAUAUCCCUGGAAUGCAGAGACAUGGGGAGGGAUCUUAUACACUGCCCUUAAUAUUCUUUAACCAAUUGCACCUCCUGCUCCCAAGUCUUCUCAUGGAUUUUCUAUUCAGGUUAGAGUGCUCUGUGGAGCAUCUCACACACAAGUGUCAUAUAAAUAAAAAGAAGAGGAUACAGAAGAUUCUGGUGAUCUGAACAUUCAAGAAACUUUCAGUCUUAAUGUACAGUGAUAAAAAAAACAAAAAAAACUGUUUUAUGAUCUUUUCAUUAAAAGCUUGUUUGAAAAGGA